AAAAAAAAGUAAGUUUACAAGAAUGGAGCCUCGUGCACCACUUAAACUGUGAGCCUUCUAUAUAUAGAGGGAAGGUCUGUCGUUAGCUCGAAACCCAGAUAGGAAAAUCCCAAAACAUUUUCAACCGAAACUCCGCCACACCAAAUGGAAAUCACACCAACUGAAAUAUUGGUCAGCCAAGGGGAGAAUGACGAUGGGGAGGGUCUUCAGCGCCUUACAUCCACCGUAGGUGCCAAACUCGUUGAUGGUACCCGCAAAACCGAUUCCUUCCCUUCAGCUUGCAUAUAUAGGGUGCCCAAAGAUCUUCGUAAGGUGAAUAAAAGCGCCUACAUCCCUCGCCUCGUCGCUAUCGGCCCUCUUCACCGAAAUGACAAACACCUCCAAAACGCCAUGCAACACGUCAAAACGAGCUACACGAAUAGGCUACUCUCUCGGCAGAUGAUCAUCCCCGCGGGAAUGGAGGUCCUGGAAUCGGAGGAGAAGAAGAACGCGGUGUUACGAGAAUGUUUAGCUGAAAUGAAGAAGCUGAUAGACCAUGUAAAGGAAUGCUACCUUCGCGAAGUUAAGGUGGAUGAGGCAAUGUUGGUGGUUGAUGGUUGUUUCAUCCUCGAAUUACUCUACAGAUCAUCAGUGGGACAAGAAAGUGAUCUUACUUUCGGUAACAGUUUGAUCCGCUACACAAUAGAAACCGACUUGUUAACACUAGAGAAUCAGAUUCCUUUCUUUGUGCUUGAGAAAUUGUUCUCGCUCACUGUGGGUCGGAUACCGAAUCGUCGCAAUGAGAAAUGGUUGCUCACCGAUUAUGUGUUGGCGUUCAUUCCCCGCAUGAUGAUUCUCGAUGAUCAAGGUUUGAAUCUAUUGCUCCGCGGUCCAGCCAAAGAAAUUGUCACGGCUGAGAGUAGUAGCCCGAAAACUGGGUACUGUUCGCCCAGUGACUGUGUCCUAAGGUUUUUUGGCAACAAAUUGGAAAAUUCUACAACAGCAGCAGAAGAGAAUGUCGAAAGUGGUAAUGCUACGUACUUUCGUCACAUCCUCCAUGUAUUACAUGAUGGUUUCCUUCCUCGUGAUCGAUCGAUGGAGAAAGAACGACCUAGUCAUCUAAAGAAAGGAGAAAAAGUAAGCAAAUAUAGCCUUAGUGAAUUAGCAGUCCUGUCUAGUGCAUCAGACCUCACGUACGCAGGAGUCAAGUUUGUACCCGGUAAGGCAACGGGUCGUGAGUUCAAGCUUAAGUUCACUGAACCAGAAGGCCUGUUUUGGUGGUUUCGUAGCGCCCGUUUUGAAAUCCCACCAGUUUGUCUAUUCGACUACACGGAGUCGAUACUCAGGAACCUCAUUGCCUUUGAACAGUGCUGCCCUGGCGUUUCGAAGCACGUUACAUCCUACGCAUUCGUCAUGUCCAUGCUCGUGAACACGGAUAAAGAUGUCCUAGUGCUCGAAAAGGCCGGAGUCGUGAGUAACUACUUGGGUACUCGAAAGAACGCCACCGUUCUAUUCAACAAGCUAUGCAUUUUAUCUUUUCCAGGAGAACACUUCAUUAACUCGUGGAAGGAAGCCACGCUGUAUAGCCAGCGUUUUUGGCCGAAGCAUGUGGCGCACUUGAGACGCAUGUAUUUUGAUUCUCCUUGGACGUUCAUAGCUUUCUGUAUUGGCUUCGUUGCUUUUGCCAUCACGUUAGUACAAUUCAUCCGCGAUUUCCUUUAAAAAGAAUAAGGCGGAUGGAUCGAUCGAUGGAGCUGUUAGGGAACAAAGAGAUGGCUGGCCUGGCCUGUUAAUAAAUCACAAGUAUUGG